AUGGCGAUGAAUUUCCAGUAUCUUGUGACGUAUCCGAGUAUGCAAACUCCCGGUCAGGGGAUUAACAGUGCCCCUGAUUCGGGAGGCUGCGAACAGAGAAAACGGCUAAACCUGGAUGAACGAGGUUCAAGGAUGUAUAUAUCUGGCGACCCACGACAGUUAUCUCGUGAAAUUUGGGGAAGAACUGUGCAUAUGAUGAUAGCAAUCCCUGAGUUACCGGACCUGAAAUUUUCCAAAUGCGGUGGCUAUGUGCUAGGGUCUGAAUUUCGUCAGGGGUUCUCAGAUUCUGAACCUCUUGAAGCUGAACGAAAGGGCCAAAUGAAGAACGGAACCUCAAUAUGGUCGGAGUUUUUAUUGAUUUGUAGUUGUAUGGAGAAAGGUAGCGAUCAACUGACGCGAUACAUUGCAGUGGAAUCGAUGAUUGUGGACCGUGGACAAUUCAUGGUCUUAAGGAUCAGAAAUCAGCUGGCACGGACAUCUCGGAUCCCCGGGUUUGCAAUUACGCAUUAG